CGGCCUGCCAAGGCCGGCACCGGAGAGCGCCGAGGACCAGCCCGACUGGCGGCGCGCGCGGACCGGGACUCCACGUGCCCCGCGCGGGGGUUUCCGUGUCCUCUGGGCGGAGCCGGAAGAGGAAGUCGGCGCUGCAGCGGCGGCCGCAACAGCAGCGGCGGCCCCUGCCAAGCCCCGCCGUCCGCGCUGGUCCGGCCCGGCCACCUAGGCAGCGCAGGGGCGGGACCCGGAGCCUGUGCCCGCCGAGAAGCGCCGCGUCGCCGGGCGCCCAGCAGUCAGAUGGGGCCGCAGCGGCCGCUGCACACGGCCGCGACCGCCCUGCUCUGGGGCUUCCUACUCCCGCUGACAGCUGCUCAGGAAGGAAUCCUGCAUGCAUUUGGAAAUGGCAGACCUUUACCAUCUAAGGACUACUGCAUGCUAUAUAACCCUCAUUGGACAGCUCUUCCGAAUACCCUAGAAAAUGCGACUUCCAUCAGUUUGAUGAAUCUGACUGCCACACCACUAUGCAACCUCUCUGAUAUCCCACCUGAUGGAAUAAAGAGCAAAGCAGUUGUAGUACAGUGGGGAACCUGCCAUAUUCUUGAAAAAGCCAGAAUUGCACAAACAGGAGGUGCUGAAGCAUUGUUGGUUGCCAAUAACAGUGUCCUUUUUCCUCCCUCAGGGAACAAAUCUGAAUUUCACGAUGUGAAAAUACUGAUUGCAUUUAUAAGCCGCAAAGACUUUAUAGAUAUGAAGCAGACUCUUGGGGAUAACAUUACUGUGAAAAUGUAUUCUCCAUCGUGGCCUAACUUUGACUAUACUAUGGUGGUUAUUUUUGUAAUUGCUGUGUUCACUGUGGCCUUAGGAGGAUACUGGAGUGGACUAAUAGAACUGGAGAGCAUGAAGGCAGUGACAAACACUGAAGACAGAGAAAUGAGAAGAAAGAAGGAAGAAUAUUUAACUUUUAGUCCUCUAACGGUUGUAAUAUUUGUGGUCGUGUGCUGUGUUAUGAUGGUCUUACUUUAUUUCUUCUACAAAUGGUUGGUUUAUGUUAUGAUAGCAAUUUUCUGCAUAGCGUCAGCAAUGAGUCUGUACAACUGUCUUGCUGCACUCAUUCGUAAGAUACCAUAUGGACGAUGCACGAUUAUGUUUCGUGGCAAAAGCAUUGAAGUGAGACUUCUUUUUCUCUCUGGACUAUGCAUAGCAGUAGCUGUUGUUUGGGCCGUAUUUAGAAAUGAAGAUAGGUGGGCUUGGAUUUUACAAGAUGUCUUGGGGAUUGCUUUCUGUCUGAAUUUAAUUAAAACACUGAAGUUACCCAACUUUAAGUCAUGUGUGAUACUUCUAGGCCUUCUCCUCCUCUAUGAUGUGUUUUUUGUUUUCAUAACACCAUUCAUCACAAAGAAUGGCGAGAGUAUCAUGGUUGAACUUGCAGCUGGACCUUUUGGAAAUAAUGAAAAGUUACCAGUAGUCAUCAGGGUACCAAAGCUGGCCUAUUUCUCAGUAAUGAGUGUGUGCCUCAUGCCAGUUUCAAUACUGGGUUUUGGAGACAUUAUUGUACCAGGCCUGUUGGUUGCAUACUGUAGAAGAUUUGAUGUUCAGACUGGUUCUUCUUCUAUAUACUAUGUUUCCUCCACAAUUGCCUAUGCUGUUGGCAUGAUACUCACAUUUGUUGUUCUGGUGCUGAUGAAAAAGGGACAGCCUGCCCUCCUCUAUUUAGUUCCUUGCACACUUGUCACUGCUUCAAUUGUUGCUUGGAGACGUAAGGAAAUGAAAAAGUUCUGGAAGGGUAGCGGCUAUCAGGUGAUGGACCAUCUGGACUAUGCAACAAAUGAAGAAAACCCUGUGACUGCUGGUGAACAGAUUGUCCAACAAUAAUAUUACGUAGAUCUGCAAUAAUGUGUCAGUUGAUUUUCUACAAAUAGAAUUUGACUUUUUAAAUUGACUUUUGAAUUGACAAUCUUAACGAAUCUUCGAUGAUAUGCUUGCAAAUAUAUAUUUUUAAGAGCUGGUAUUGACAAUUACAUCAAAUUGAAACACAUUUGCUUUUAACUAUGUUAAAGUUGUGCCUUCACAUUAAAUAAAAGCAUAUGGUCUGUGUAAUUUUGAAGAUCUAUUACAUACAGUAUAUUUUUCUAAAGAACUGUCUUGACCCACCCCUGUACUUUCUUACUGAAAUAUUUCUUUCAACUCCUACUAAUAGAUAAAAGUAUUUCUGUCAAAAUGAGUUUCUGAACAGAUUUUACUAUCAAGAAUUAUGCAAAUUUUGUGCUCUGUAGAAAUAACUGCUUAAGACCAUGUUAGAAGGCAGUUCAACGAUGAAAUUUUGGACCUUUUCACUGCAGAGGUUAGAAAAGUAUAAUUUGGGAAUAUAUAUAAAUACAUAUUUUUAUAGCAUAAGUUUUUUUAAAAGUCCCAAUCUUUUUUAAACUUGAAAAUCUAAAUUACUUUAGUCUGCAUAUGUAUUAUAUUAAAAUAUUUUUCAGAUAUAAAGAAACAUAAUAUAUAGAACUAGUCAUUAAAAGGACACAGAAACUGAAAUCCACAGUUUUCAGUGGUCUGUUUUUCUUGAAGAGGUAGCUUAAAUUUCUGCACUAACAUUCAGUUUCACCGUAGUAUUUCUUAUCUCUGAAGUUUGGUUCUGUUGAUGUUAACUUGAAAUUUUUUAAAAAGUAUUUUUUAAAUCAACUUCUGUAUUAACACAUGUGGCUCAUUGUAUAGGUACAGCAUCCCUAACAGUCUCUUCUUAUCCCCUCAACCACCGCCUUUUUUUUCCUAACCCCCCUCCUUUCCCCAGAGGAAACCAAUGUUAAUCUUUUAAUAUUUUGAUGAAGGAUGGCUUAAUAUACAAAGAGACAGGAGACUGGGUUCAUCUCAAUUUACUGACAAUACAAGAAUUUGAGUAAAUUAUCUUAGCUCAAAACCCUUGUAUCUCAAUUUUUGUAUCUACAAAAUGAGUAAGUUAGACCAAUUAAUCACGCUAGUACCUUCCAACUUGAAAAAUAUCUUUCUCAUUCUUUGCUGAAUCUCAGUGUGGCCUUGAACAUUAUCCUGGGAGUCAGAGUUUGAAGUAUCUUUUUACUGUCUUUUGUUUUAAGAAAUUCCCAAAUGAUGAGUGAUUGCAACAACAGCAGAAUUUUGCAUUUCUCUGUAAGUAAUGCACAAGAUUGGGAAAAAGUCUGUGAUCUUUCAUUCUAAGGCCAUUUCAACUGAUUAGAAGAUAAAGCUAAUGCCUUUUAAAAUGGAUCAGAUCUUUGAUGUUUGUAGUCAAUUUAACAUUUGAGGGAAUUAGAUGCUUUUGUUUAAUUAACUUUUGCUAAAUAAAUUGUAGACAGAGAAGCUCCCUGACAGUCAUCCCCUCUUUCCACUUAGUAAACUUACAGGUCCUUUGGUUUAUGUCAAAAUGACAGGUAAGUCUCUGUCAAGUAAGAGUUAAUAUUGCCUCCAUAAUAUCAAGUUUGAAUUUUUUCCAAACAAUCUAAUUUAUUUGGCAGACUCUGAUAGAACAGAGUUUUAAAGCUCCAACUAUAUUUUCAUUUAUAAUAUCAAUAAAAUGUUUGCCAAAAUACAGCUUUUUUAGUAAAAUUAUCUGUAUUCAUCCCAACUUUAUGAUAUUUAAAAGCCUCAGCCACAUUUUAUGAAGAACAUUAAAGAAAAUUUUACAUCUAGAAAUCUGAAAUCUUAGUUCUUUGAUACAAAUUCUACUUCAUCCAACCAUAAGUUAUCAGAGGUAAAAUUUUGUUCUAGUUUGCUAUUGAGAUUGAUUAAAUGAAAAUAAGAAACAAAAAGUGAAAUUCCACAAGUUUCUCCAUUCUCAGUGUCAACUUUAUUUGUAUUCAAAGAACCCUGCUAGCAACAUAGUUGAAAAUACUUGAGAAAUUACAGUAAAGUGCAGAAAUACUUUAUUUUGGAAAUCAAAGUGAACAAAAGGUGAGGGAGAUGAAAGUUUGGCUUUAAAAGGCUGUGUCAUUUCUUCCCCUCUCAUCCUCCCACCACCUAAAACUUGAAGGGGAAGAGAGUUGUUUUUUUCCUAAACAUGUCUUUAAACAGUGAGAUAUAUAGUAUUAUUUCUUAUUGCAAAAAAAAAAAUAGUAAUUUAUUACUUUCUAGAAAGUCUCUAUGAACAUUUUGUAGCUAUCAAACAAAGAACUAAAUAUCUCAAAUUGUAAUGUAGGUGAUUUCUACUUCAGUUUAGGUCAGCAAAGAUAAAUAUGAGGUUUGUGGUGAAAAAGACCUUGAUAUUCUAAUACGGUAUAUUUUCUUCUAGCUUGUAGAUUUUUAGAUUAGCAAUACCUUAGUAGAAUCUGUGAUUUACUUUUGAAGAAAGAGAAUUUUAACCCAUCCACUGUUGGCAUUUAUAGAUUUUAGUUUCAUGU